AUGGCAAAGGUCGAUCAGAAAGCCGUCCUCAUUGUCAUCGAUGGCUGGGGUAUACCAUCAGAGAAAUCCCCACCAGAGGGAGAUGCCAUUGCUGCAGCAGAAACUCCUUACAUGGACGGUUUCGCAAAAGAAGGAUCCGAUACUGCACAGGGUUACACCGAGCUCGAAGCUUCGUCUCUAGCAGUCGGGCUUCCGGAAGGGCUUAUGGGCAACUCUGAAGUCGGUCACCUAAACAUCGGGGCUGGAAGAGUCGUGUGGCAGGAUGUUGUUCGGAUUGAUCAAACCAUUAAAAAAGGCGAUUUGAAUAAAAUCAAGAACGUGACAAGUACCUUUCAACGAGCCAUCGAUGGUAAUGGAAGACUUCACUUUCUCGGCCUUGUCAGUGACGGUGGUGUGCACAGCCACAUUAACCACCUGUACGCCCUUCUCCAAGUUGCAAAAGAGUACAAGGUACCCCAGAUCUUCAUCCAUUUCUUCGGUGAUGGGAGAGAUACCGAUCCCAAGAGUGCUGCGGGAUACCUGCAGCAACUGCUCGACAAGCUUCAAGAGCUCGGGGUGGGAGAGCUCGCUACCAUUGUUGGCCGCUACUACAUCAUGGACCGGGAUAAGAGAUGGGACCGUGUCGAGAUUGGCAUGAAAGGUAUUGUCGUGGGAGAAGGAGAAGACUCGAGUGAUCCUGUGGCCACGAUCAAGGCUAGGUACGAAAAAGGUGAGAACGAUGAGUUCUUAAAGCCCAUCAUUAUUGGCGGCGAUGACCGCAGGGUCAAGGACGGUGACACUUUAUUCUUCUUCAACUAUCGAUCCGAUCGCGUUCGAGAGGUAACUCAGCUUCUCGGGGACUAUGACCGAUCUCCAAAGCCUGAAUUCCCCUAUCCUAAGGAUAUCUCCAUCACGACCAUGACCCAAUACAAGACCGACUAUCCCUUCCCCAUCGCAUUCCCUCCACAGCACAUGGGUAACGUCCUUGCAGAGUGGCUGGCCAAGAAGGGCGUCAAGCAAUGCCACGUCGCGGAAACCGAGAAGUAUGCACAUGUGACCUUCUUUUUCAAUGGUGGAGUGGAAAAGCAGUUUGACCACGAGGAAAGAGAACUGAUCCCAUCCCCCAAGGUCGCAACAUACGAUCUCGAGCCUCCAAUGAGCGCCCAAAAGGUGGCUGACAAGCUCAGCGAAAGAAUUUCGGACAACAAGUUCGAGUUUUUGAUGAACAACUUUGCCCCUCCAGACAUGGUCGGCCAUACAGGCGUGUAUGAAGCUGCGAUCAAGGGCGUGGCUGCCACAGAUGCCGCCAUUGGAUCCGUGUAUGAGACUUGCAAGAAAGAAGGUUAUAUACUAUUUGUUACGUCCGAUCACGGCAACGCAGAAGAGAUGCUGAACGAGGAAGGUAAACCAAAGACCUCUCACACCACCAAUAAGGUGCCCUUUGUCAUGGCAAACGCGCCUGAAGGAUGGAGUCUGAAGAAGCAGGACGGAGUCCUCGGGGAUGUUGCACCUACCAUUUUGGAAGCGAUGGGGCUGGACCAACCUGAAGAGAUGGGCGGCACGAGUCUCUUGAUCAAGAAGUAA